AUGGUGUUGUCAAGUUCUCUAAGAACACUUGUGUUUGGUUCAUUAUCAUCAUCAUCAUCAUCAUCGGCCAAGAUCCCUUGGGGAAAAGAACCUUACUUAGUUUGUCAGAGUAGCGUGGACGGCCUUGUUUGUAUGUAUGAUUCUCACAAACCUAGUUUUGUAGUCAACCCCACAACUGGAUGGUAUCGACCUCUUCCUCUAUCAAGAUUACAACAACUCAUUAUCGACUUAGGAUACGGUUACUUCAAGCUUGGACACGCAAACUUCAAGCCUGGGUUCGGUUAAAGACGAGUUUACAGGAACACACAAGCCUGUUUGGCUCUAUAACUCUUUUGAAAUAGGCUUAGAGAAUGAUACUACGUGUGAAGUUUUCGAUUUUAGCACCAACUCUUGGAGGUAUAUCACACCCUCUGCUCUUUGUCAGAUUAUAGGAGGUUACCCUACUCCUGUGUUUGUAGAUGGAUCACUUGA